ACUUAAAUGCAAAGUAAAGUGAAGAGGUGAAGGACUAGCAUAUGAUUACGAUUCUUUGAGCCCUUUCUUAUAUUAUAUUGCUCUCUGUUUAUCGUUUCAAGUCUCAACGCAUCAUCUGGUGGAAGUUGAACAGGAAGGAGAGAGAGAUGAGUUACAAGAAGAACACAGAAAGCGCCGAUGAGGUUGAAGAGCUGCUGCGAGCCGCCGAAGACGAAACCCUUCUGCGCCUCAGCAUCAACUCCCACACUGCCCGCGGUUCCUCCGCCCAAUUCAUCGACGCAGACCUCGAUCGCCGCUUCCAAGCCCUAAAAUCCCGACCAAAAACCUCUGCUGUUCCUAAUAAGCCCCAGAAAAAGCCUGCUCCGACUGCAUCAUCCCGGCCUGACGAUGUACAGGGCCCCAAAAAGGUCGCCGAUGGUGAUUUAGAUGGUGCGGAUGAUCUGUUUGCUAGAUUCACUGCGCUCAAGAGCUCCCUCCCCUCUUAUUCGUCUUCGUCGGGGAGUGUUAACGAUCCGGGAAGGGCGAAAUUGGAGAGUGGUGAAGAAGAGGAUGAGGAUGAUGAAGUUGAGAAGUUGAUGAAGUGGGCGAUUGAUGCUGCCAGGCUUGAUCCUUCUCCUCCUUCCGAUACUGAUGAUGAUGAUGUUCACGACGAUAGUGAUGAGGAGGAGGACGAGGACAGUGAUGGGGCUAAAAGAAAGACAAAACGUAAAUGAUCAUAAACUGUAUGUCUAUCUGUUUACAUUACACUAUACUUCUAGGUUACUUCAAAUUUAGUACAUAUACUGCCUUCUUUGUGCAUUUUCUUUCUCUCUAUAUAUACAUCAUGAAGUAGUAGAUUAAGUUUUGUAUUUUUACCGUGCUUGUUAUGUGGUGGAAGGGAAUGGGCAUUCAUUUUCACUUGUUUGGGAA